AUGAAGGCCAACACCAUCGCUGCCAUCGUGGCCACUCUCGUCACCAGCGUCGCCGCUGCCCCCACGGAAAAGCGCGACCUGCCUCUUCUCGGCGGCCAUUCCGGCAUCAUCAAGUCGGUCGGCCCUCUCCUCGACAGCAUUGAGAGCAUCGUCCCCGGUCUCGGCGGCACUGGCAGCGGCCAGGGCGACGACACGGCCGGCUCCCUCCUCGACGGCCUCGGCGGCGGCGCCAAGAGCCCCAUUGGCGGUCUCUAA